AUGAUCAAGUAUGCCUUCAUUAUAAUAAUAAUAUGUCACAUUCACGAAACAUACGAAACUUCAAAUCCAAAAUCGUACAACCAUACCCACAGGAUAGUCGGCGGAGAAAUAACAUCAAUCGAAAAAUAUCCAUAUAUUGUUUCUCUCCAAAAAUCUGGAUAUCAUUUUUGUGGUGGAUCAAUUGUGAAUCAUCGAUGGAUACUGACAGCCGCACAUUGUGUCCAACCUUUAACUUUUUUCUGGAUGUGUUCAUUUAAGAUAAUCGCAGGAGUCAGUAACUGCCAAAAGUAUAAAAAUAGGAAAGAAGUUCAGAUACUGAAGAGUAAGAAUUGUUAUAUCCACCCUAACUAUCAAAGUUUGUCGAAUAAAUUGACAAAUGAUUUAGCGUUAGUUUCAACGCAAGAUUCGCUCUAUUUCAACCAUGUAGUCCAGCCAGCAAAGUUGGCACAUAGUAGUAACUCAUCUCUGGAUAUUGGCGAAUUAUUUGACGAAUGUACAGCUAUUGGAUGGGGUCAAAUCUGGGUGGAUCCAGAACAUGAAUCGAAUAUUCGUCAACAUAAUCCAUUACGAUCUGUGCAACUAGGAGUACUUUCUCAUAAAGACUGUAGACGAAAAUGGGUUGAUAUUGGAAUAAGCAAAUCAGAUAUAUGCUUGGCUGCCAACCGAAACCAAACCAUCUACUAUGGUGAUUCCGGGAGUCCUUUACUUUGUAACGAUGAGCAAUAUGGAGUUGCAUCUUAUCUUUUAAGAGAAAAACUUGAACUUCGUAAUGUAGUCUAUAUGCGUGUAGAUAAAUAUAAAUAUUGGAUUAUUCAUACCAUGAAAUCAAAUGCUACAACAUGCAAUGAGAAAGCAUACUUCCAUUUGUUGUUCGUACUAUAUUUUUUACAUUUUUUAUUAUUUACUUAA